CUAGUUGAUUUAAAGUACGGAGUAAUUUUUAGUAAAUAAAAUACGGGAGGGUUCUGCUGCCAUUGGAGAUUAGUGGCCACUAUUAAUCCUAUCCAUUCGUCUCAUCUAAUUUCUAAUCCAAUGGCUCAUAUACACCCAUCAUUAAAUCAAAAGAGUAUUACCUCCGUUUCCUUAAUUUUCGUCCGUCUCUUUGACGCACAACGCCGACUCCCUCAGUUCCUCGACGAAGAUCCCUCGAUUCCCGUUCUCGAAGAAGAUCCCUCCCUAGUUCUUUCGUCCAGGGAGAAUACUAUCAACGGUGACCACAGAAAGAGUUUCCCUCACCUAAUUGAGACGACGACGAUGGACCCGACGAAGGCUAGCAAGGGUUGGAGUCGAGGCGGCUGCAGAGAGACGGUGCUUGGGGAUGCUGGGCUGAGAAAACUCUGGAAACACUGAAGAGGCGAGCCGACGGCGAGGGCAUCUAGCGGGGGUGGCGGCGACAUUCGAGGUCCUUCAUUUGGCUCGCAUGAUUUUGCUAUGGAAAUAUAGUCUGUGGCAGAUU